CAAGAUGCGACGUGCCGGGUUCGCGAUGCAAAUGCGUUAUUGGCAAUAUAUGAAUGGUGUUUAAUAACUGGUUAUCAGAAAGUAAUAUCGCUUACGAAUUGAAAAGGAAACAGGCUUUGAAUUUCAGUUCCUUUGUUUUGGUUUUCCGGGUUCAACGCUAUUCUGCGGCGUGUUUAUCCAGCAAAUGCGCCGUGGGCAUUCUGAUUGAUGCCGCUGGCCGAAGCAUAGCACUACGUCAUAAACAUUGUCCAGUCUUUCCUUCUGCUCAUCCAAUUUUGAGGCGACUAUGAGUUACGGCUAUGGCGGUGGCGGUGGGGGAAGAAGAGGCCGAGGUAGAGGGGGUCGGGGAUACGGGGACGGUAGCCGAGACAGAUGGGACAGAGGAGGUGGAAGGGGGUCCAGGGGCUCUGACCUGGGCUCUCAGGAUGACCAGGAGCGGGGCGGAGGACAAAAAGACCGACCCCCUCCGCAUCUGAAGGGUCGGGACAUUGGCAUGUGGUACGCGAGGUUUGGAGCCGUUAGAAGAAAACAAGCUGAUCGAAGAUCGCGGCCAUUAGUGCAAAUGGACGAAGCCAGGGAGCAGCAGAUCACCAAUCUUCUGAAUUCAGUCAAAAGCGAACCCCCUGGUGCUAGCAGAGACGGAUGUGAUCUCCGAGCCACCACGUCCAACAGUUGGCGUGCUACUCCCAGUGGUGGUGCUAAUAGUCAUUGUUACUUUGAUGGAGAAGAGGAAUUGAAUGUUGACGUGAAAUCAGAGGAACUAGUGGAGGACAUCGGCGGCAGUGGGAAAUCGAAAGCUCGUCAAUCAAACCGUCCCAUCUCCCAGAGGGUGGUCAAGGAUGAACCGCCAGACGCAUGGGAUGGAGAUGAGGAGGAGGAAGAGGUGAAGAAAGUGAAAGUGGUAGUGAAACCCCAAGUGAAACCCCAAGUGAAAGGCCAAGGGAAGGAGAAGGAUCUAGAGUACCUGUUUCAGGAAGUACAGAGGGACGAAUCCCUGGAUGAGUUCCUAAUGAAAGAUCUGCAGAGCAAGAGAAUGGAGCCUAAGUAUCAGGAAAUGCUGAUAUUCAGGGAAAGACUGCCAUCCUACAGUAAGAGACAUGAGCUGGUGGACCUGAUCAGCUCCAGCCGCGUAGUGGUGGUGAGCGGGGAGACGGGCUGUGGAAAGACCACCCAGGUCACCCAGUUCAUCCUGGACGACUACAUCACCCGCGGAGUGGGCUCGCUCUGCAGGGUGGUGUGCACCCAGCCUCGACGAAUCAGUGCCAUCUCCGUAGCGGAACGUGUUUCUGCCGAGCGGGCUGAGACAGUGGGGAACGGAAACUCGUGUGGAUACCAGAUCCGUCUGCAGAGCCGGUUACCACGGAAACAGGGUUCAGUGCUAUAUUGUACAACGGGCAUUAUUCUUCAAUGGCUCCGCUCAGAUCAGACGCUGUCCACCAUCAGCCAUCUCGUUCUGGACGAGAUCCACGAGAGGAACCUGCAGUCUGACGUCCUGCUGGUGAUCGUCAGGGACCUCCUCGCCGUUCGCCCGGACCUGAAGGUCAUCCUCAUGAGCGCCACGCUCAAUGCAGAGAAGUUCUCCAAAUACUUUGGAAACUGUCCGAUGAUCCACAUCCCGGGGCUGGCGUUCCCGGUUGAGGAGUUCCUCCUGGAGGAUGUGGUGGAGAUGAUCGGGUACCGCCCUAAGACCCAGAACCAGCGGCCCUCCUGGAAGAAGGGCUUCAUGCAGGGCCGCAACUCCCGGCCUGAGAAGGAGGAGAAGGAGGCGGAGUACAAGGAGAGCUGGCCAUGCUACGCCCGCACCCUGCAGGAGAGGUACUCUGAGAGCACCAUAGAGGUAUUGGAGAUGUUGGACAACGACGAGAAGAUAGACCUGGAGCUGAUCCUAGCCCUCAUCCGCCACAUUGUUCUCCAGGAGGAGGAAGGAGCCAUCUUGGUCUUCCUGCCGGGCUGGGACAACAUCAGCGGCCUCAACGACCUGCUCAUGGCCCAGCAGAUGUUCAAAUCCGAUCGGUUUGUGAUAAUCCCCCUCCACUCCCUGAUGCCCACUGUUAACCAGACUCAGGUGUUUAAGAGGCCUCCUCCUGGGGUGAGGAAGAUUGUGAUUGCGACCAACAUAGCUGAGACCAGCAUCACUAUAGACGACGUGGUGUACGUGAUCGAUGGAGGGAAGAUUAAAGAGACGCACUUCGACACCCAGAACAACAUCAGCACCAUGGCGGCUGAGUGGGUCAGCCUGGCCAACGCCAAGCAGAGGAAAGGACGCGCUGGGAGGGUGCGGCCGGGAAAGUGCUACCACCUGUACAACAAACUGAGGGCCAGCCUACUGGAUGCCUACCAACUACCUGAGAUCAUGAGGACCCCACUGGAGGAGCUGUGCCUGCAAAUCAAGAUCUUGGACCUGGGGGCCAUCGCUGACUUCCUGAGUAGAGCCCUGGACCCGCCCACCGAAGAGGCCGUCAGCCUGGCAAUCAAGCACCUGGUGGACCUGAAUGCUCUGGACCAAUCAGAGACCCUGACCUCGCUGGGCGUGCACCUGGCCCGCCUGCCUGUGGAACCUCACAUCGGGAAGCUGAUCCUGUUUGGCGCUCUGCUGGGCUGCCUGGACCCCGUCCUCACCAUCGCUGCCUCGCUCAGCUUCAAAGACCCCUUCUUCAUACCCAUGGGCAAAGAGAAGAUGGCCGACAUGAAACGGAGGACCCUGUCCCGGAACUCCAAGAGUGACCACCUCACCAUCGUGAACGCCGUCCAGGGCUGGGAGGAAGCCAAGCGGCGUGGCCAAAGGUACGAGCGGGAGUUUUGCUGGGAAAACUUCCUGUCCGCCAACACACUUCAGAUGCUGCACAACAUGAAGGGCCAGUUCGCCGAGCACCUGAUGAAGGUGGGCUUCGUCAGCAGCAAGGACCCCAAAGACCCCAAGGCCAACGUCAACUCUGAAAACGAGAAGCUGAUGAAGGCGGUGAUCGUGGCCGGACUCUACCCCAAGGUGGCGAUGAUCAAGCCCUCGCACAGCAAGAAGUGGAAAGGGUCCAAGGUCUACACCCAGGCUGACGGCAAGGUGGUCAUCCACCCCAAGUCGGUGAACGCAGAGGAGAACCAGUUCAACCACACCUGGCUCGUGUACCACCUGAAGAUGAGGACCACCAGUAUCUUCCUGUACGACUGUACGGAGGUGUCCCCGUUCUCGCUGCUCUUUUUCGGCGGCAACGUCUCCAUCCAGAAGGACGAGGGCCAGGAGACUAUCGCCGUGGACCAGUGGAUCGUGUUCCGGUCCCCGGAGCGCAUCGCCCACCUGGUCAAGAGUCUGAAGAGGGAGCUGGACGUCCUGCUGGAGGAGAAGAUCCGCAACCCGGCCCCGGUGGACUGGAACAACCGGGAGUCCAAGGACUGCGCCGUCAUCACGGCCAUCAUAGACCUCAUCACCACCCAGGAGAAGGGGGCUACGGGGGGCUACCAGGGAGAGGGGUCCGGCUACCAGGCUGACGGCUACCAGGCGGAGCGCUCGGGCUACCAUGGGGGGGGCGGGGCCGGCUACCAAGGGGGCGGGUCCGACUACCAAGCGGAACGAUCGGGCUACAAGGCCGACGGCUACAACCGCCGGUUGGGCAAUGCACCCAGAGGACCACGUCUCGUCUUCAAAGACGACGAUGACGACGACGAUGACGAUUAG